AUGGCCCGCGGCGCGGCGGCCUGCGGGCGCGACGCGCGGCUGCCGCUGGGCCGGGACGCGGUGCGGCCGGUGCCCGCGCUGCUGGCCCCCGCCGUGCUGCUGGGCGCCGCGCUCGGCCUCGGCCUCGGCCUCUGGCUCGGCUGCCGCGCCGCCCGCCCGCGCCCGCGGCCACAGAAAGAUGAUGCUCAAAGCCUGCUCAGGAGUUUGGAGCCUAACGUACAGGACCCCUCGGAAGCAGGCUCCCCGUCCAGGAGGAGGAAGAGAGAAACGCAGACGUCAAAGGAGGAGACUGUGGAUGAAUGUGGGCCAUCUUUCAACAGCAACAUCACAGCAUUUGCACUGAAGGCAAAAGUCAUCUAUCCCAUCAACCAGAAGUUCCGGCCGCUGGCCGACGGCUCCUCCAACCCGUCGCUGCAUGAAAACUUAAAGCAGACUGUGUUACCCAACCAGCCGGUGGAGGCCUCCCCAUCCAGCAGCCUGGAGAGCCUGAGCCAGGCCGAGAAGGAAGACGGGAGCUCCUUGUCCAGCAUCCACUCGACGACCAGUGACGACAGGUUCCUCAGCCGCACCUUUGUCCGAGUGAACAGCUUCCCCGAGGUGCUGAUCUGUGAGAGUGUGGACCUUGACUUGUGUAUCUACAGCCUUCACCUAAAGGAUCUGUUGCAUCUGGACGCGGCGCUGAGGCAGGAGAAGCACAUGAUGUUUAUCCAGAUUUUAAAAAUGUGCCUCCUUGAUCUUCUUCCUAAAAAGAAGUCCGAUGAUGAAUUAUACCAGAGGAUUCUUUCGAAACAAGAAAAUGACUUGGAGGAAUUAGAAAAAGGACUUCAGGUCAAACUGUCAAACACGGAAAUGUUGGGGACUGCUGAUUCUGAAUACAUCACUCUGGCAGAUGUGGAAAAGAAAGAGCGGGAGUUCGCUGAGCAGCUAAUAGAUAACAUGGAAGCUUUCUGGAAACAGAUGGAAAACAUCCAGCACUUUCUUAUGGACCAAUUUAAGUGUUCCAGCUCCAAAGCUCGACAGCUCAUGGUGACUCUCAUGGAAAGAAUGAUUGCAGCCGAGAGGUUAUUGCGUGACUCUCAGGAUUUGCAGGCUCUGGACGCCCUGGAGAGAACAAUGGGGCGGGCGCACAUGGCAAAGACGAUCGAGGCCCUGAAGCUGCAAAUCCAGGAGGAGACCAGAUGCCGUCUGGCGGCCUUGUCCCGCAGCCUGGAGCUGCUGGCCCUCGAGGGGAGGCUGUCCGCGCGGCAGAAGGAGGAGCUGCUCGCACAGCAGCACAAGGCCUUCUGGGGAGAGGCAGAGCGCUUCAGCAGGGAGUUUGUCCGGCGAGGCAAAGACCUGGUCAAGGCGUCGCUGGCUCGCCGGGCAGAGGGGGCGGCGGAGCUCAGGCUGGCUCAACAAGAAGAGCAGCGGCGCUUCCUGGCCGAGGCACAGCUCACCUGCGACCCAGGCCAGUUCCUCCAGGCUUUUCACGAAGUCCUGGAGAGGCAGAGGUUGACCCAGAGCUACCUGAACGAAGAGGAGGACGUCAGAACCACCGAGGCCGUGGCUGCUCUCUGCCAGGAGCUGUACCAGAGCACCAUGGAAAUGUUCCAGAAGCUUGUGGACAUCCUGUUCCUUCAGACGCUCCCGGGCAUGACCGGCUUGUCCCAGGCAGAGUGUGAGAACUUGAGGCAGGAGGUCCAGGAGAACGCAGCCUGGCAGCUGGGGAAGUCCGAUCGCUUCCGGAAACAGCAGUGGGAACUUUUCCAAGAUCUCCUGGAGCAAGACAAGCAGAUGUGGAUGGAGGAGCAUACCCUGUCCACCAUGCUGCAGAUGCACCUGCGAGACGACCACCAGAGCAUCAUCCAUCAAGUCUUGGGCCGACUCGGUGGCCUCAGUGAAGAGUCCACGUGCUGCAUCCUGCAGGCGCACGACUUGCUCCUGCGCUCGGCCCUGCGGAGGCUGGCCCUGCGGGGCAGCGCCCUCACCGCCCUGACCCACAUGAGACUCUCCGGGAAGAAGGGCCUCCUCCAGGAGCUGCGUGAGCAGCACGCCCUUGAGCAGGGCUCCUCCCCGUGUCUGGAGGAGCACCAGUGGCAGCUGCUGAGAGCCUUGGAGGCGCGAGUCGUGGAGGAGGCCAGCAGGCUUGAGGACGAGGCGCAGCAGACGCGGCUGCAGCUCCAGCAGCAGCUCCUGGCCGAGGCCCAGGAGCUGGGGCGGCUCCUGCAGCAGCAUGCGGAGCGGGCCAUCGGGCAGGCGCUGCUGGCCCACGCGCGGAAUGCGGCCACCAAGAGCCGGGCCAAGGACAGGGACGACUUCAAGAGAGUGCUGAUGGAGGCGGCCGUGGAGAGCGUCUACGUGACCAGCGCCGGCGUCGGCCGGCUCGUGCAGGCGUACUACCAGCAGAUCCGGAGGGUCAUGCAGGAUCACGAGGAGAGGAAGCUUCAGCACCUGACAACCCUGCAGGGCGAGAGAAUGGAGAAUUACAAGCUGCAGAUGAAGCAGGGGCUCGGAGACCUUCCGCCGGGGAGCAAGAUGGCGAACGGAGCUGGCGAAGCCCGCGAGGCUGUCCACCGGAGGAUGGCGGCACGGCAGAAGAAGUUUCUGGCCCAGUUCACCGUGCACCAGCGGGUCCGUCUGGACGCUUGGAAGCAGAAGGUGAGGACUGUGGAUCGUCUGGAAGUCCAGCUGGAAACCCAGCUACAGGAGGCUGAGCAGAGCUUUGUCUCGGAGCUGGCAGCAUUAGCCCGGGUGCCCCUCGCCGAAAGCAGACCGUUUUCCAGCAAGCGUGGCGCCUCAGAGAAGCCCAUGCGGACAAGAAGGAAGAAGCCCCCACCCCGGGAGAAAGGGACCCCAGCGGGGCCCCCCGACGAGGACCCUGCCGCAGGCAGCCACCCCUCGGGAUCACUCAGCAGCAAACGGCCGAAUCAGCAAGAGAAUGAAGCUGGCGAUGGCCAGAACUCCAAGAAGCUGCUAAAGGAAAGAAGCAAUUCGUAGUUUACAGUUUGAGUCGGGCCGACGUGGGAGACGCAGCUGGAAUGCCACCUGCCUGCCCCACCCCACCCCGGCCUGGGGACAGGGUGGAGGCCACUGGGGACGGACAGACGACGGAGAAGGGCCCGAGAAGGCCUGCAUGGGCAUGGCGGACCCUACCGCCUGGCCCAUGGGAUUAGAAACGUGUGUUGGAAGCCUAUCUGCAGUCCUCUCUCUCUCUUUGGCUUGGAGACGUGGCUCCCUUCCUCAGGGACCUCUUCCGGCCUGGCUCUCCGAACCCCACCCCCACCCCACUGUGCCCUGAUGCCACCCGAGCCUGCCUGCCCAGCGUGAGGCUGCCCCACUCUAGCCUCGGGGCCCCCUCUCCCCGGACUGUCCAUGGAGUUCUGCUGGCAAUGCGGGCUCUCUGGGCGUGGCUGGUGCUUCCUGGCCUUUCCUCCAUUCCUUUAUAAAAAAAGUUUUUAUGUUUAUUCACUUUGAGAGAGAGGGACAGCAUG